GGUAACGUUGUCCUCGAGACGUUCGGUGUGUAUUGGGUGGUAUGGUGUAUGCGAUGUGGUUACGACGCCCUCUUUCGGGCUCUAGGUGGUACCCUCUCAGACUUCAUGGGUAACCUGGACUUCUUACACAGUGUGUACAUGAAGACCCUCUACCCUAAGAUGUCCGUCCCAUCGUUCAGAGUCGAGGAGCUGGAGAAUGAUGAAACGAUCCUUCACUAUACUACUCCAAUCGUCGCGGCCUCGGAAGCAUGGUCUACGGAUGCGUGAAAGCGGUCGGGCGGAUCAUCUUCAACACGGAAGUGGACAUCGAACUGUUAUCACAUGACCAGGCAGAGUAUUGUGGGAUACUAAAGGACCAUUACCAGUUUCACGUGUGUUUCGUCAAGUUUGAUCUGGCUCCGAUGGGAACUAGUGGCAUAUCGUAACUGAAGAGGAAUGGACCUCCAUUGUUGAUGGGACCUCGCAUCUCAUCGGUAGGGGUGACUAUCGUCCACCAAGCAACGAAUCGGUGAAGAAUAAUCUGGUUCUCGCUCCGAACGGAUCCGCUAAACGAUGUCUUUUCUCAGGAAUGGAUAUCAACGGGAUUGAAGAAAGUCUGGCCGAAGGAAAAGUGGCAAGAGACCAAUGUCUCCCCGAGAUCUCUGAGAAACGUGUCCUCCCGAUCAGUUACUUCAAACCGAAGAUCCCCGCGAGGAUUCUCCUAGAUCCUGAGACGUUCUGCAAGACCUUCCCCUACCACAUCCUCUUCAACGAUGACCUGGUGAUCAUGCACUCUGGAUCAAAGCUGCAACAGUUCUGCCCGUUGAUCAAUGAUGAGGGCGCUACACUCAAGGAUAUUUUAACCCUUGAUCACCCACAGAUUGAGUUGACGUCGGAGAAUAUCUUUAUCUUUCUCAAUAUGAUCUUCAUGGCGACGCUGAAGAAAGAAGCCAUGGCUCCCAACAUGCCGGUCCUCUCUCUCAGAGGUAAUGCAUGAUUAGAUUCAUUUCAUGUAAAUCAAUUAUGCCCCUGAUAAAAAGGAAUUACACGUCAGCGCGCAUUUUCUCUGCCAUUGACAUUUGUGCACCCAUGUUGAAUUAUUUUUUUCACUUCUAUAUCAUUUCAUGAAUUCCAUCGAAAAGAAAAUAGCGAAUAAAAAUCGAAUUAUAAUCGAGUUCUUUUCUUCUACAAAUUGCAAGCUGAAUGGAAAUGACAAUAAUUAUAUUGCAGUACGGAAAGGCAAAUUUAAUGAUACGUUCAACACUUGAAAGCGAUGAGCUUUAUGAAAAGCAACGA